AUGUCUGGCGUGCGUCUUUCAGCGCCAACAUUUGAGCACCAUCAUAGUGGCCUUGGCAUCGAGCAAACGCGUCCACGGCUAUCAUGGCGAUUCCAUGUGGCGGAAGGUCUGACAACACCGCGGGAUUGGAGACAGACGCAAUACGAAGUCGAGUGUCUCAUUGGCGAUGCUCCAAAGUCCACUCCAUAUCAUGUUCAAAGUGAACACUCUGUGCUGGUUCCAUGGCCGGCACAAACAUUAGCUCCACAGCAGUCGGCUAGGGUGCGGGUACGCUGCUCGGGAGUCUCUGGCACUGGCGAGGAACAGCUGACUGAGUGGUCUGAUGCUGCAACGGUGGAGACGGCACUGGUAGAGCAGACUGCUUGGAAAGCUCGUUUCAUUACAUCUGCACAGAGAGGUUCGCCAGAUGGGCCACUACGUCCACUGCGAUUCCGCAAGAAUCUCAGCUUACCCGUUCAUCGUGGAAAGCCUAGCAAAGCUCGCCUGUACAUUACAGCCCUGGGCAUAUUCGAUGCAUAUAUCGAUGGCCAACGUGUGAGUGAUGAGCUCCUUGCGCCAGGCUGGACCGACUACAAGCAUCGCUUAAGCUACCGCGUGACCGACGUCACACAUCUACUGGAGAACGAUACCGAUCAUUCCUUGUGUGUGGAAGUGGCCGAAGGCUGGUACUGCGGGCGACUGGGCUUCGAAGGUGGCCACCGAUGUUUGUAUGGUGACACUCUGGCUGUUCUGGCCCAACUUGACAUCUGGUACGAGGGUGAUGGUGUGCCAGUCAGCUUUUGCUCCGACAGCUCUUGGAUCUGUGCCGAGAGCGCUAUUCAAAAGAGUGAGUUUUACGACGGAGAGACUUACGACGCAGCGGCCGAGUGGGACUGGACAAGUAUCUCUGCAGAGGUAACGGGCAAUCGAUGGGGUUCAACAAAAGAGGUGACUUGGCCCAAGACACGAUUGUAUUGUCCUGACAUGCCGCCGGUGCGCAUCACUCAGACACUAGAACCAAAAGAGAUCUUUACAGGUACCAGCGGAAAGACGGUCAUUGAUUUCGGGCAGAAUCUUGUCGGCAAAGUCUUGAUUAAAUCAAUCCAAAUACCUCGUGGAGAGCAAGUAACCUUCAGGCACGCCGAAGUCAUGGAGAAAGGGGAGCUUGGGACUCGGCCAUUGAGAGAAGCCAAAGCAGAGGACAUCUACAUCUCUUCCGGACAAACGUGUAGUGAGUGGACGCCAGCUUUCGCCUUCCAUGGUUUCCGCUAUGUCCAGGUCGAUGGUUGGGCACCGAACAAUUCCGAUAUCGCUGCUCUCGUCAUGCAUACCGACAUGAAGCGACGCGGACAUUUCUCGUGCUCCAACCAAUGGGUCAAUAAACUGCACGAAAACGUGGAUUGGUCCAUGCGCGGCAACUUUGUCUCUAUACCCACGGAUUGUCCGCAGCGCGACGAGCGCCUUGGUUGGACGGGAGAUAUCCAAGUCUUCACUCCUACUGCCUCAUUCUUAUAUGAUACGACCAGCUUCUUGAGCAGCUGGCUUGAAGAUGUGAUGGCCGAACAGCUGGAAGAAGGUAAAGGAGGGAUACCACCUUUUGUAGUCCCGAUAUUACCCUUGGGAAGCUGGCCACAUAUGCCAGCCGCCAUCUGGGAUGAUGUCACCGUGCUCACUCCAAAGGACGUUUUCGACUACGGCAGCGAUAAUUCCAUCCUUGCGAGACAGCUGCCUAGUAUGCUUGCUUGGCUUGACGAAGCAGUCGAUCGUGGCGAAGACGGCCUUUGGAAGCGUGAACGGUGGCAGCUAGCGGACUGGCUCGAUCCGACUGCGCCACCUGAGGAUCCCGGCGCCUCAAGGACUGACUGUGUGCUUGUCGCCGAUGCGUACUUAGUCCAUGUCACGAGGACGAUGUCUAAUGUGUGCAGCCAUCUUAACAAAGUGGAUCUGGCCAAGAAAUAUGCGUGCGAUGCGGAACGCUUACGAGAGCGCUUUUGCCAUCAACAGGUCUUGCCCUGGCGAUUCAAUCGAUUGUACCCAGACCCUGAAAAGCUUCAGGUGGCAGCACUCGAGCUUGCGAAGCAGGUGCAGUAUGCGAAAUUCCGUAUUAGCACCGGGUUCGCUGGUACGCCUGUCAUAUGUUAUGCCCUGACCUCGGUGUGUGAGCCACAACUAGCAUAUCGAAUGCUACUCGAGAAGAUGUGUCCGUCCUGGCUCUAUCCCGUAAGUAUGGGUGCGACAACAAUAUGGGAGCGCUGGAACUCCAUGCUCCCAGAUGGCUCGAUCAAUUCUGGUGACAUGACGAGCUUCAACCACUACGCACUAGGCUCCGUGGCAAACUGGCUACACAAGACAGUCGGUGGCAUAUCCCCAGCUGAACCAGGCUGGAAGGUAGUUCGGGUACGACCUGUCCCUGGAGGGAAUCUGACGCAUGCUAAUGUCUCGUUCGACGGGCCGUACGGGCUCGUGAGGUGUUCCUGGAAGCUCAGCGAUUCGCAGUCAGAUGGCUCUUGUGCGUUCCAGUUGGAGCUCACCAUACCACCGAACUCGACUGCAAUCGUCACGUUGCCCUCAGAGCUGAAGCAAACGCUUGACGCAACUGGAGAGGAGAGCAGAAGUCAUUACGGCAGUGGCAUACAUGUCUUGGAGUGUCGGUGUACGCUGGCGACAUGGCCGCCCCGAGCCAAGUAUUCUUUGGACAGAGGAGAGGAUGAUCGACUGACGAUCGCUGAUGGGUUAAUAGAGGCGCAUUAA